AUGUUUUCAUUUGCAAAGAAACUUGUUGAUAGAUUAGAAGGCAAUUCGUCUCCUAAUUCCAAUGUCAAGGAUUCUUAUUUUAAGAAUGCCACCGAAAUAAAUAACAAAGGAUAUGCCCUUCGAGUAUUGAAUGUGGUCCCACAUUCUAUUGCUCACGAGAAAGGUUUCGAAUCUUGGUUUGAUUAUAUUAUCAGAAUCAAUAACCAUGAAUUGCCAAUGCUUUACCCACAAUUGUCCAAUUUCUCAUACUCAAUUAAUGAAGACGGGACGAUCAAUUAUGGUGGAAAUGCAACAUCUCAACAAGCAGCAACUAUUAAUUUCGAGUUACUUAUGCAAGAAAUAACCACAUUAGCUAAUCACGAACAAGAUCUUGUAGUUGAUGUCUGGAGUGCAAAAGGUGGUAUCAUCAGACAAAUUGCUUUACCAUUGAAGAAAUUUGAAGCUAGUGACAAAUCUGAAGAAGACAAUGAAAAUCAAACAGUACACAAGUUAUUCGUUGACAAUUUUAAACAAUUGGGACUUACGUUAGAAUCACAACAUUUGAAUACUGCAACAUAUGUUUGGAGAAUUUUAACCACUCACCAAGGAUCACCUGCUUUUAUGUCUCAAUUAGUGCCAUAUUCAGAUUAUAUCAUUGGUUGUGAUUCCGCCUUCCCUACUGAUAUCAAUGGUAAAGGAUUACUUGCGACUGGUGGAGAGUCCUUAUUAUCAAAGACGGUAUUAAACUAUUACAACUACCAUUAUGCCUCAUCUAGUGAAGACAAUGUCCCAAUUACCCUUUAUGUGUAUAAUCAUGAUUAUGAUAUUUUAAGACCAGUAACGGUUAAUCUUUCUCGUAGUUGGGGUACUGGACAAAACAAGGGUAUUCUAGGAUGUGAUGUUGGUUAUGGUUUAUUACAUAGAAUUCCUGAAGUUGUUGGUAAGUUUCAAAGUGAUUCAAUUGUUGACGAUGUUCUUUUUGAAAAUAACCAGAAUGUCGGAUUUCAACCUCAACAAAGUUUACCCCCACAACAUUCCACGUAUGUUCCACCAUCUCCUGAAAAUUCACAAGAAAACUAUAUUAAUACUGCUCCACCUCUUCCAACAAUAGGUUCUGUUCCACCACCACCUCGUGGAGCAGCAAGAAAGAAAAAACACGUUGUUGAUAAGUCUGCUGUUGAAGGAUUAGAUGAUUACAUGAAUGAAGAAUUAGAAAAGUCAAAGAAAUUGGAUGUAACUACAAAACCAAGUAGUGCUUCAUCAUCAGAUAAUGUUCCUCCUCCUCCACCUCCAGCCGCCAAGUAA